AUGCAGAAGUCACCAGUAGAAGAUGCGAACUUCUUCUCCAAAUUUUUCUUCUGGUGGGUAACACCACUGUUAAGGAAGGGCUUCAGAAAGAAGUUGGAUCUGUCAGAUGUGUACAAGGCUCCCUCCUUUGAUCUGGCAGACAACCUCUCUGAGAGACUUGAAAGAGAAUGGGACAGGGAGGUGGUGUCAGCCACAGCCAAGAGAAAGCCAAAGCUGCUGAGAGCACUGGCCCGCUGCUUCUUUUGGCCUUUCGCCUGCUUUGGUGUCCUCCUCUACCUUGGGGAGGCUUCCAAGACAGUGCAACCUCAGAUUUCAGGUCGCAUCAUUGCUUCCUUUGACCCGUUCCAUGCUCCAGAGAGAAGUCAGGGACUCUACCUGUCCCUGGGCCUUUGCCUCCUCUUCACUGCCCGCUUCCUUCUGUUGCAGCCUGCCAUCUUUGGCCUGCAUCACCUUGGCAUGCAGAUCCGCAUCGCACUUUUUAGCCUUAUUUACAAGAAGACCCUGAAGCUGUCCAGCAGAGUCUUGGAUAAGAUCAGCACUGGUCAGCUUGUUAGUUUGAUGUCUGCAAAUCUUAACAAGCUGGAUGAGAGUUUGGGUCUGGCACAUUUUAUAUGGAUCACCCCUCUGCAGUGUAUAUUGUGUGUGGGUCUGGUCUGGGAGCUGAUUGAGGUGAACGGCUUCUGUGGCCUUGCAGCACUGACUCUGAUGGGCAUCGUCCAGGCCUGGCUCUCCACCAAGAUGGCACCUCAUCGGGCGAACAGAGCGCCUAUGACUAGCCGCCGCCUAGCUCUCACCACAGAGAUUAUAGAGAACAUUCACUCUGUGAAGGCGUACGGCUGGGAGGAAGUGAUGGAAAAUAUCAUCAAGAACAUCAGGCAUGGACUGGAGUAUAACCUCACCACCUCAGAACUGGAGUUGGUCAAUGUGUCCGCAUCCUGGGAUGAGGUCUGUUUACGUCCAUUUGUUGAGCCUAAAAGAAAUUCCCUGCUCAUGAUGAUUCUGGGAGAACUGGUGCCAACAGAGGGUAAAAUUAGACACAGUGGUCGCAUUUCCUUCUCACCCCAGACUUCUUGGAUUAUGCCAGGGAUGAUUCGUGACAACAUCCUGUUUGGCCUGACCUAUGAUGAAUACCGCUACAAUUCUGUUAUUCAGGCCUGCCAGCUGGAAGAGGACUUCGCUUUGCUCCCCGAGAAAGACAAGACGUAUCUUAUCGAUGGAGGGGGGACCCUCAGUGGUGGUCAACGAGCUCGUCUCUGCCUUGCCAGGGCUGUGUAUAAAGAUGCAGACCUCUACCUCCUGGAUGCGCCUUUCACCCACCUGGACAUCGCUACAGAAAAAGAGAUCUUUGAAAACUGCAUCUGUAAACUUAUGGCCUCCAAGACUCGUGUCGUAGUAACCAGCAAGUUGGAGCAUCUCAAGCGUGCAGACAAAAUCCUUCUGCUGCACAAUGGAGAUUGUUACUUCUAUGGCACCUUCUCAGAGCUGCAGGCCAAGCGUCCAGACUUCAGCUCCCUGCUUCUUGGUCUUGAGGCUUAUGACAACGUCAAUGCUGAGCGGCGUGGAUCCAUUCUCACAGAAACUCUUCGCAGGGUUUCAGUUGAUGAAACCGCUGGUUUCCGUGGCCCAGAGCAAAUUCGUCAGUCCUUCCGUCAUGCACCAGCUCAAAGCCAUCCUCUAGGUGAUGGCUACCCUGAAAAACGCAAGCAGUCACUCAUCCUUAAUCCUCUGGCAGCUGCCCGCAAGUUCUCCUUCAUUGGGAAUUCUCAACAAACCGGAAACACAACAGUGGAAGACAGGUCUGAUGAACUCCCAGAGAGAAGAUUCUCUGUAGUGCCUGAAGAUGAACAAAUAGAGGAGGCACUUCCGAGGAGUAACCUGUACCAUGAUGAGUUUCAGCACCUUAGCGGGCAGCGGCGCCAGUCUGUCUUGGAGUUCAUCACCAGUGCUCGCGGCCAAGAGCGCAGAGAGCAGAUGCAGUCAUCUUUCAGGAAAAAGCUCUCCAUCACACCGCAGUACAGCCUUGCAUCAGACCUGGACAUUUACUCCCGCCGCCUGUCCAAGGACAGUGUUUAUGACAUUAGUGAAGAUGUGGAUGAAGAAGACAUGGAGCAAUGUUUUGCAGAUGAACGUGACAAAAAUGUCUUUGAAACUACCUCAUGGAACACUUACCUACGCUACGUAAACACCAACAGGAACUUAGUCUACGUCCUCAUUUUCAUCUUCAUUGUCUCUGUCAUUGAGGUUGCUGGCUCUGUCCUCGGUAUUUUUCUUAUUACUGAUGAGGUCUGGAGGGACGCCGCCAAUCCUUCAUCGCCCAACUAUAUUGAUGAGCAGCACCCCAAUGCAUCGUCGCCGCCUGGCCAUCUCGGUGUUAUUAUGACACCCACCAGUGCUUAUUACAUCAUCUACAUCUUUGUAGCCCAUGCGGACAGUAUUCUGGCCCUGGGAUUCUUCAGGGGUCUCCCUUUAGUGCAUACAUUACUGACUGUGUCCAAAAGACUGCAUGAACAGAUGCUUAGCUCUGUGCUGCGAGCCCCCAUGUCUGUGCUCAACACGAUAAAAACAGCCAGGAUCGUGAACAGGUUCACCAAGGACAUGGCCAUCAUAGAUGACAUGCUGCCAUUGGUGCUUUUUGACCUCAUACAGGUGUCAUUGAUCGUCGCCGGUGCCAUCUUCACUGUGUCCAUCAUAGAGCCAUACAUCUUCAUUGCUGCUCUCCCAUUGGCUUUUAUCUAUGUUUUCCUCAGGAAGUACUUUCUACGAACUGGACAGCAACUCAAAGUCCUGGAGGCUGAAGCUCGUACCCCGAUCUUCUCCCAUCUCAUCCUCUCACUAAAGGGUUUAUGGACAAUUCGGGCAUUUGAGCGCCAGACCUACUUUGAGACACUUUUCCACAAGGCUUUGAACACUCACACGGCCGCCUGGUUCCACUACCUGUCUGUUCUGCGGUGGUUUCUCUUCCGCUGUGACAUGCUCUUCACCGUGUUCUUUACUGCUGCUGCCUUCAUCGCAACAGGAAGCAACAAAUUCAUCGACCUACCAUCAGAAGAUCCUCGGUUGGGGAAACCUAAAGGAGGUGGCAGAGGCCUUGAUAUCGUCAUUGACAACCCCCAUGCACGUGACUGCUGGCCUAACUGUGGCCAGCUGGACGUCCGGGGCCUCACAGUGAAAUACACAGAGGCUGGGCGUGCCAUCCUCAACAAUAUCUCCUUCUCUGUGGAGGGGGGACAAAGCGUUGGUCUGCUGGGUCGAACAGGUUCAGGGAAGAGCACCCUGCUGUCUGCUCUGCUGCGUCUCACCUCCACAGAAGGAGACAUUUCUAUCGAUGGUGUUUCCUGGAACUCUGUCUCAUUGCAAACAUGGAGGAAGGCCUUCGGUGUGGUGCCACAGAAAGUCUUUAUCCUGACUGGAACUUUCCGGAUGAACCUGGACCCACAUGGAAAUUACAGCGACACAGAACUGUGGAAGGUGGCUGAGGAGGUGGGUCUGAAGUCUGUGAUUGAGCAGUUCCCAGACAAGCUAGACUUUCAGCUGGAGUAUGGAGGCAGCGUGCUGUGCAAUGGACACAAACAGCUGGUUUGUCUUGCCCGUUCCAUCCUCAGUAGAGCCCGUAUCCUGCUGCUGGAUGAGCCAUCUGCCUACCUUGACCCUAUAACACUGAAGGUCCUGAGGAAGACACUGAAACAGGCGUUUUCAGGCUGCACCGUCAUCAUGUCAGAACACAGGGUGGAUCCACUGACGGACUGUCAGUCAUUCCUGAUGAUUGAAGGCAGCUCCAUGAAAACAUACGACUCCAUUCAGAAGCUCAUGAAUGAGAAGAGUCACCUCAAACAGGCCAUGAGCACAGCCGAUCGGCUCCGCCUCUUCCCAACGCUUCACCGCCUUAACUCCAACAAGAGGCCGACGCCACAGACCGCCAAGAUCUCCUCACUGCCAGAGGAAGCAGAAGAUGAAGUCCAUGACACGAGACUCUAACUGGCCAGCUGCAAACACACAUGCGCAUACACACCUGCAGGGACAAACAAACAGCUGUUUGAAGACCAAUGAUUUGGGGUUAAUUUCUGAAGCAAGAUUGACGAGGCCGUAAUGACAGAAUCUGAAUCAGUUUGGACAACUCAGGCAUAUUAUUUUACCCACUCUUAGGAGAAUAGUGAAAUGUGUCUUACAGAAAUUGAAGCCACAUUUUUCAUAGCCAAACAUAGCUGCUGAGAUCCACUUCACUGUCACAAAGUAAAACCAGGAUUAUGAAGCUUUGCACACAUAAAAAAAAAAAAGCUAUGUCCUAAAUUACUUAAACAGUCCAGCUACCUACUAUUUUAUUAACCUUUUACCAAAGGUGUGACUGGAGCCGAUCCCAACAUAGGGCAAAAGGCAGGAUAAGCAAUAAUAAGUAAGUAAAGUUUAUUACAGAGAGCUUUUCACAAAGAAGCAGUCACAAAGUGCUGUAUCACAAAGCAGAGUAAAACCUGCCACUCUGGACAAGUUAUUACUCCAUCACAAGGCUAACACAGAGACAGUGAACCACACGCUCACAUCUAAAACCAGUAAAGCCAUGAGCUAACCUAACACUAAUGUCUUUGGACUGUGGGAAAGAACUGGAAGAUGCUGAGGAACCCAAAGAACAUGCUCAACACAAAAAGAGAAGCCAGCAAGGAGGUGAGGUGAUGUGUUAACCACUGUACCACUGUGUCGCUCCCACCUCAGAAUAGGCAUGUUUAAAAGUUGCCUGAACAUGACUGAGUGUGCACAGUGCAAAAUAUGAAGGAUGAGAGUACAGAUGCAAAACGUCUAAUUGCAGGUGUCUCAAACAUUAGAAUAACACAAAUGCAAG